AUCACUAAAAUUUACGGAAAGUAAAUAGCUCAGGUAACAUUAACUUCAAGAAGAUUGAUUUCAGAAAAUGCAAGAGUUGAAAAAUUAAAUACUGUCCAGUUCCCGAGGAAAAAUCAAUUUCUAAAACUUGAUUUUGGAAAAUCAAAGUGAUGAUUCAUCAAGAUUUAAGGCAAUGUUUGAUGUUAUGAGUCUAACAUCUUGCCAAAAUAACAGAAAAUGACGUAGAUGAAUGUAUGGCGCUUCCCCUCCUACCAUCACAAGGUUCCACAUCCCCAAUGUUAGUAUAAUCAAUUAAAGCAUCAACGUCAUGGCAGCAGAUGAUGGUAAUUAGUAAAAUAUUACAAUUAGACUACGUCAAUGUGUACAUCUCCAAAAUGUCACAGAAGAAAUCUUACAACGGAAAACAUCCCCAGUUGCUAGACUUCAGGGAAGUUGUAGGUGAACAUCUGUACAGUAAGGUUCUCGAGUCUUGUAGAAAUGAAUCACAUGCUCAGAAAGUUACAGGAAUAUUACUGGAAUGUGGGAAGGAAGAAGCCUUUCGUCUGCUGGAGGACAAAGAUUUCCUUGGAUCUAGAAUCCGUUUAGCUGAAAAUACUUUGAAGGAAUGUGGGUCUUACAUAAACGGAAAUGAAUUAGUCAAGGCACUUCCAGCUUCUGAAAUUCUUCCUCUUUCUGUUGCUGAUAAAUUGUUUGAAAAAGUCAGUGAAAUAGAGCCGGCAUUGUCUUGCCAGAUUACAGGAAUGUUACUAGAAGCAGAAUCUGUGGAAGUUGAAAUGAUGUUACAAAAUUCAAAUAUCCUGAAACAGGCAGUAUCUCAAGCAUUACUGUCACUGUCAGCUACAGAGUCUGAAGUAGCCGAGGAGGUAUCUGAUAAUGAAAGCGAUGAGUGCUCAGUCUCCGAGGAUUCCAUAGGAGAUCAGUUGUUUGAGGCAGUGGAAAACAUUUAUCCUGAUCCAGAUACAGCUUCCAAAAUUACAGGUAUGUUGAUGGAGUCGGGCAGUCUUGGCCUGGACCAGCUCCUACAGGACAAACAAAACCUGACUACUAGGAUACACUUGGCAUACAAGGCUCUUCAGCUGAAGGAUUAGGGUUCAAUUUCUGUCAACAUGAUAUGAGCUUUAAAAAUAUUAACUGACCAAAUCAUAUGGCGGGUGUUUGUACUUAUUUUUGACUUGGCUGUUUUUCAAUUAUACAAGGGUAUUUCAAAAAAUGUAAUUGAAAUGUUAUGAUGAUACGGAUCACUUGUUCCAUGGUACAGAGUAUACUAACAUAUGUAAGCACCAAUUAUUAUCAUUAUUAUGAAUAUUAUCAGUAUUUGACCUAUAAAUCAGGUCUCAUGUAUAUUUAUUGUUAUAAAUUUAAUGUCUUCUUCCAUCACAAUUGCAAAAUUUUAAUUCAUAAGAGUUCAGUUUACUUGUUCAAGCUGAAAAUGGCAAAAAUUUUGACCUGCAAAAAUGAUUGGCUCUCCAACAGAUCAAAGUCUUGGGUAUUUACAUACUGCAUAUAAAAGAUAUGCAUAUUCUCACCAUCUGGGAAAUCUCACAAUGUUUUACGUAGCCAAAUGUAACAUGGACAUUCCGAAAUGACGAAAUCAGAAUCAGCUUCACAUUGAUAGAUGGAGUGGUCAGGAAGCUUACCGGCAUCACUUUGUUCCAUAAUGAAUCUGUUGUGAAGUCAUGUUGACUUUCAAAUUAAGUUUAUUUUCUGACUCCGAUCUAUAAUAUUCUUAAAACAUAUUACCAAAAAACCCUGAAAACACAAGUUUAAUUUAACAGUAUGUUAUUGGAUUGGGCUCAAAGACUAUUGUAUGUAUACCCUUUACAGGAUACUUUUUGUAUUUAUAUUUAACUAUAACUUUGUGAACUUUGAUUUGUUAUAGUAUCAAUGGGUUUUAUCAUGGUAUAUAAACUUUGUAGCAUCCGUCCAUCUGCCAAUUUUUCUCACUGUUGUGUCUUUUUCAAUGGAUGUGCUUGAUAAAUCAGGUUACAAAUAGUUCAAUAUUUUCCAUCAAAUUUCAACAAAAUUAUAACCCUUGGUAAUUUUUCAUUUCAAAAUUUUCUUUGAGUUUUUCUACCUUACCGUUUCACCAAUAUACACCCAUGCAUAUUACCACUGACCACGUUCAGAUCUAGUCAUGGUUUGUCUAUAGGGUACUUCCUUGCACAGUCUGGAAAGUCCAACUGUUUAUAGUUUCAAUCACUUAUCAAUGUUUUGAUAUAAUUUGUUUAUUUUUUAUACCAACAACAAGUCAAAAUGGAUUUUGCCGUGUGUGAUAGACAUGAAUUUUUUCUGGUCUUGUGUUGUUUUUUCCUGUCCCAAGUCAGAGAAAUAGUUGUAAUUUUUGUAGUAAUGAUAAAAGUUUUCUAUAUCUGUUUAGUUUGUAUAAAAAUUUUGUCUCUGUGGUAUAUUUGUUUGUUUAGUAUUCAAUACCAAAGAAUAGCUUACUUGUUCUUUGACUUUUUUUAAAUACCGAGAGCAGUUAGGGAAAUAGUUGUAGAUUUAUGAUGGGAAAGGUUGUACAUAUAUAUGGUUCAUAAUAUUAUGACUUUUUAAGGCUUUUUAGUUUUGCAUUAUUGAAAUGUUUAUGGCCGAUUGUUAUUAUAGCCCUUUUGGUUGUAUGUCUGGAGUAUAACAUCUCUCCGACUUGGUCUAUAUUCACUACAUAGAAAAUGAAGUAGCCAAACUGAAGGCGGCACAAAUUUGUCCACCAUUAUACACAAAUAAAGUCCUUUGUUCAACAUUUUUAGUUUUAGAAAAAGGGCAAAUGUUCACAUGGUUUUAUUAAAAGGGAAACCAGGUCAAAAUUAUAUACAGUUUUAUUUACAUAAAGUUAGAGACUGUGGUUCAUUAUCACUGUGAAGAUAGAUGUUUUUGUCGGUAGAGGUUGAUAAAUUUGGAUUUUUUUCCUUUUUUUUUUUAAAUUUUACAAUGCAAAUAUAUAUAAACAUUUUCACAUUUACUUAUUUUUAUUGUGAUAAAGCUAAUGUGAAGUAAGAUAAAUGACCUAGGACAUAAAGAAUGAUGGUCUGUUUUAUAUACCUCUCUGAGACAAAAAUAGUCAGUUGUCAGGUAGCUCUCUGAUUGUCUCAGAUGUCUGACAAAAAUAGUCAGUUAUCAGGUACCUCUCUGAUUGUAUCAGAUGUCUGACAAAAAUAGUCAGUUAUCAGGUACCUCUCUGAUUGUAUCAAAUGAAAGUCGGCAAUAAAAUUGGCCAAUUGUA